CCUCGCGCCCCGCGCCCGCCGUCCGCCUCCCGCCCGCUCGCCCUUGCACGCGCGCCCACACUCACACGCGCGCGUUCAAACUCACACUCGCGCGCUCGCAGCCCCUCGCGCUCACAAGCGCACUGUCACGCGCACCCACUCUCACUCCGACGCGCUCACCCUCGCACACGCGCGCUCACACACCACUCCAGCCCGCUUGACCUGCAGAGGCGCAGGCACCGUCGGCCAGUCAGCCGAGGGGACCCACGGCCUUCCCAUGGCUGACCUGAGCUUCAUCGAAGAUUCCGUCGCCUUCCCGGAGAAGGAGGAGGAUGAGGAAGAAGAGGAAGAGGGUGUGGAGUGGGGCUACGAAGAAGGUGUCGAGUGGGGCUUGGUGUUUCCUGAUGCUAACGGGGAAUACCAGUCUCCCAUUAACCUAAACUCAAGAGAAGCUAGAUAUGACCCCUCUCUGCUGGAUGUCCGCCUCUCACCCAAUUAUGUGGUCUGCCGAGACUGUGAAGUCACCAAUGAUGGACACACCAUUCAGGUUAUCCUGAAGUCAAAAUCAGUUCUAUUGGGAGGUCCAUUGCCUCAAGGGCACGAAUUUGAACUGUAUGAAGUUAGAUUUCACUGGGGAAGAGAAAACCAGCGUGGUUCUGAGCACACGGUUAAUUUCAAAGCUUUUCCCAUGGAGCUCCAUCUGAUCCACUGGAACUCCACCCUGUUCAGCAGUAUUGAUGAGGCUGUUGGGAAGCCCCAUGGGAUCGCCAUCAUUGCUUUGUUUGUUCAGAUAGGAAAAGAGCACGCAGGCCUGAAGGCUGUGACUGAAAUCCUCCAGGAUAUUCAGUAUAAGGGGAAGUCCAAAACCAUACCCUGCUUUAAUCCUAACACUUUAUUACCAGACCCCCUGCUGCGUGAUUAUUGGGUGUACGAAGGCUCUCUUACUAUUCCGCCUUGCAGUGAAGGUGUUACUUGGAUAUUAUUCCGAUACCCUUUAACUAUAUCCCAGCUACAGAUUGAAGAAUUUCGAAGGCUGAGGACACACGUUAAGGGGGCAGAACUUGUGGAAGGCUGUGAUGGGAUUCUUGGGGACAAUUUUAGACCCACUCAGCCACUUAGUGACAGAGUCAUUAGAGCUGCAUUUCAGUAGCCAAAGAGAAUAGGAACAAGUCCAUCUUUGUCUGGGAGGAAGACAAUGGUCCUGUGGUGCCCUUGGAUGAGAAAUGGAAACUUUUGAGCAGCAGCUUCGGUUCAUCCUCAAAGCCUGCAUUGUUUGUCUUCAUCUAAUCCAACUUGAUGGACGUGUGUGACAGCUGCCAGUACACAUGCUCUAGUGAAAUAUUUGAAAUGGCCGUACCUUCAAAAGAAACCCCAUCUUGUAUAUCCUCAUCACUGCUGCUAGUAUUCAUAUUUUUGCACAUACUGUUUAUUGCUUAUGUGUAGAAGAAAUGAAACUAGUUUUCAGACUUGUUAGUAAUAUGAAUAUAUAUUGUAUAUUAAUAUUGAAACAGGAAAAAUACAUUUUCAGCGUUACCGGUCUUUCAUUUCCUGUCUCCAACAGAAAAUUCACUCAUUUGGAGGACAAUGUAAUUCUUGAUAAUAAAAUAGGAGUUGUGAUCAAGAACAGCAUACAGCUUCAAAAUGGAAUGUGAAGGAUUGGUAAAAAUCGUAUCUCAUGUUAUUUUUCAGCCCUCAUACGACAGUUAAUGUCAGGCUCGUUUGUUAUAGAAAACAAUUGGGGAGUUAAUGCAAGAACGUAAUACUCAUUUAUAUAACUUUCAUAGUUAAAAGAUUUAAUUGAACAUGUGGAUCUAAUUGUAUUUAUUUGAUGUAUUAGAAGCUGUGGUUUCUAGAGAUUUGAGAAAGGUGUAAGAAAUAGAAUAAAAAGAAAGUGGGUACGACAUACUGAGAAUAGUUUUAUUUUCCAUGAUAAAAACAUAAAUUUAAUAGUAUCCUAUGAUAAUUUAGUGUGGUGUAUUUUGUAAGAAUUUAAAAUAUUUUAUUCUAUGGAUUUCACUUCUUCAUAUAUUGAGAUGUUUCUUUCAAAGAUGAGCAACAAUGUCCUUAUUUUAAUUAAUUUUAAGUGCUACUGGAAAAUUUCAGCAUAUGCUUAGAUGUAGUUAGAUGUGACAGAGUGAGAUAAUUUAUGUAAGAGUGCCUGGCACAAAGCAAGUGCUUAAUAAAGGUUAUUUGUUGU